UUGCUAAAGGUUACCUACGACGCUUAGUCUGCUUGCUAAGCUAACGAGGGCUGAAGAAAAUGCCAACAUGGAAUCAGAUACAAGGCCAGUUGAGGCAUCCCAAUAAUCCUGUGGUGUUUUUGGAUGUAACCGUGGGAUCAACAGAUAUAGGACGGAUCAUCAUAGAGCUGUUUGCCGACGUUGUACCGAAGACCGCUGAGAACUUUCGGCAAUUCUGCACAGGAGAAUUCAAACGUGAUGGGUUACCCACGGGAUAUAAAGGAACCUCGUUUCAUCGAGUUAUUAAAGAUUUCAUGAUUCAGGGGGGUGACUUUCUUAAUGGUGAUGGAACUGGAUGUUUAAGCAUUUAUGGGGAUAAUUUCAAUGAUGAAAAUUUCAACUUGAAACAUGAUUCACCUGGACUCUUAUCGAUGGCAAACAGUGGCCGUGAUACAAAUGGCUCUCAGUUCUUUAUUACAUGUGCCAAGUGUGAUUUCUUAGAUGGGAAACAUGUUGUGUUUGGCAGGGUUCUUGACGGCUUGCUUGUGGUGAGGAAGAUAGAGAACGUCCCAACUGGACCAAACAAUAAACCCAAGAUUCCAGUUUCUGUAUCCCAAUGUGGUGAAAUGUGAUUAAAAACUAAUACAUAAUUGUUUCUACCAUU